AUGCCUUUCUACAAAAAAGUUCAGUUGAAAGUUAUACACGACUCAAAAUAUGGUGUCGAUGAGAAGGCUGUAUUCGCAGUGGAAAAAAUUUACAAAGGUGAAGAAUUAAUUUACGAAUACGAUCCUUUAUCCGAGGAAUGGCCAUUUUAUCCUGAUAAUGAUAAACGAGGAAAAUAUACCCAAGCAGAAUUAUUCAAGUUGAUUGAAAAUAACCCGAAACUAAGCAAACUUAUCUAUUAUCAAGCUUACAAUGUUGACGAUGAUUUAUUCAACGUUCCAUUUAAAUAUGCAAAUAUGGAUUCUGAUAAUGUUGAUGAUUGCGAAAAACGUUUCCACCAAAAGCUAUUGAUCAAUCAUUCUUGUGAUCCAAAUGUUGGUUUCGCUCAAGGUCGAAAAUGCUAUGCAUUUCGAGACAUUGAUAUUGGCGACGAAAUAACACAUCAUUAUGGGUGUAUAGAUACUGUAAUCGAUCAGCAAUUGUCUAUGACCAGUGCUAGUAUGUUUUGGCUCAAGGCUCUUCACGGUUAUAAGUUUGAUCAAUCUCUGUCAUUACCAUAUGAUCGAUACCGUCUUGAGGGUGAAAAACGAACUGAUCGUGGAUUAUCUGUUUCCUUCGAUCUCAGUGAAGAUUUUUCACAUCACUUUCUUUGCUGCGUAUCAUCAAUGAAUAUAAAACUUGAACAUCUUGUAUUUGCCACUUAUUAUGCUUUUAUAUUCAAGUUAAUAAGUGGAGAAAAAGAUUUAUGUGUUGCCAUUAAUAAGAAUAGUCAAUAUAGAGACGAACUUAAAACAAUGAUUGGUUUCAUCGAAAAUGUCGUUCCAUUACGAUGUCAAUUAGAUCCUCAUUGGUCUUUUCAACAAUUGAUUGAACAUGUUUGUGAGAUAGUAACGAGUACUAUAAAGUAUUCUUACCUUCCUCUUCAAAGCAUUCUUGCUCAAUACUCCACUACUUCAAAGCCUGCGUUUCUAGACACAAUAUUUGAAUUUUUCUCAUACGAAAAUUACAAUGUCAAGAAUGAAGUUAUGACUGGUAAUGAUCGAGUUCAUGCUAUGUCAACAAGCUCGAUCCAAAUUAGUGACGAAAAAAUCAAGAACAAGUUUGAUUUUUCUCUUACUAUUCAACAUAAUCUCGAAACUAAUCAACUCUCCUGCACAAUCGAUGCAUCACUUGACUUAUUCAAUCUUGAUACUAUCGAGAAGAUUGCACAACGAUUUUAUUUAAUGUUAGAACAUCUCUUUACUAUAACAGAUGAUCAGAUGAAGAAACCAAUUUAUGAGUUAUCAUUAGUGCUACCAGAUGAAAAGAGACUUAUGCAAUCAAUGAACAAUACACAAGUAUUAUUUCCUUCUCUCAGUUGUAUUCAUCAUGAAUUUGUUUGUCAAGUAAUAAAACAUCCACAAAAGCUAGCUGUUGAACUAGAUAAACAAUCAUUGACAUAUUGUGAACUACUAUAUUAUGUUCAAGUAUUAUCUUUAACUCUUCUUAAUGAAUAUCAUGUGCUUCCAGGUGAGAUUGUGUGUCAAUGUGUUGAGCGAAGUUUGUCAAUGGUAAUUGGUAUCAUGGGAAUUGAAAUGGCCGGUGGUGUUUAUUGUCCACUGUCACCUCGAGAUCCACAACAACGUUUGCAAGCACUUGUACGACAGAAUCAGAGUUGUGUUGUUCUUGUUCAUUAUUUAACUAAGAGCAAGUUUAAUUCUGGUAUCGUGGUACUUGAUAAUGAUUCAAUUUUGGCUAAUACAGAGACGGACAGUAUAAUCCCUAUGGAUCGGCUCUCAAAUGUCGCAGUAUUACCUGAUAAUAUGGCUUACAUCAUCUUUACAAGUGGUUCAACAGGAACACCGAAGGCGGCUCAAGUGCGACAUCGAAAUUUUAGUCGAUAUAUGUAUUCAUUAGUAUGUGGCAAUAUACUGAAGGAGAGAGAUAUAAUUAUGCAAAUAUCGCGAUGUUCGUUUGAUACACAUAUUCAAGAUAUUAUGGGCACAUUGACAAUUGGAGCUACACUUGAAAUGUUACAUCAAGGAGGAAUUAUUGAUCUGCAAUAUUUGGCUGAUGUGAUCGAAAACAAGAAUGUUACAUGCCUUACCAGUGUGCCAACUAUUCUUCAACAUUUCUUUAGUUUCCUGCAACAAACUAAUAAUAUCUCAGCCUCAAGAAGUCUGCGAAGUGUUUGCACUGGUGGUGAAAUGUGUUCUAUCAAUCUUGUAAACUUAAUUUUGAGUUCCAUCGCGCAUUACUGUGCACUGUGGAACCUUUACGGUCCAGCUGAAGCAACCAUAGUUUGUACCUUCCAUAGAGUGAAUCUCAUGGCUAAUACACAAAGUAUUGCAAUUGGUAGGCCGCUUUCAAAUUACCGAUGCAUGGUUAUGAAUCAAUAUUUACAAUCAUCUGUUAGCGGUCAGGAAGGUGAGCUAUUUGUAGGUGGAGCAGGUGUGUUUGCUGGUUAUCUUGGACGUGAUGACUUAACUGCAAAAGCUCUUGUUGAAAUAGAUGGCGAACCAUUUUAUCGAACAGGUGAUGUUGUUAGAAGGGAUAAUGAUGGUCUUCUUCAUUAUCAAGGAAGAAAAGAUCAUCAAAUCAAACUGCAUGGACAGCGAAUUGAGCUUGGUGAAAUCGAACGAUGUUUACUUAACAUUACAUCCAUAUCUACUUGUGUUGUCAUGAAAUACAACGAUGAUCAUCUAAUUGCUUAUGUUCAGUCUUCUCAUAUCAACGAAGAACAACUACGUCAACAUUGUCAAUCUCAUCUACCACCACAUAUGAUUCCAUCUUUCUUUAUUAUUCUUGAUAAACUACCAUUGAAUCAAAAUGGAAAAGUAGAUCGAAAACAACUUCCUUCACCUGAUUUCUCUCACUUUCCAUCAAUACAUCUCAAAAAUCAUGUUAAAUCAUUACAACCACGAAAUGCAAUUGAAGUUACUAUUCAACAUAUUUGGUGUGACAUUUGUGAUCAUAAACAAAUCUCAAUUGAUACAAAUAUUUUCCUAAUUGGUGGACAUUCUCUUAUUCUUAUAGAGCUUUUACAUCGAUACAAAACAACAUUUCAUCUAGAUACAAAAUCCCUUUCAAUAACUGAUCUAUUACAAAAUCCAACAAUUAUUGGUCAUGCUCAAUUCAUUCAUCAAGCUCUUAAUAUUGAACAACAUAUCGAUAGCUCAUGGUCUUCAUUACAUCUCACUCAAGCUCGAGCAUCAUUUGCUCAAGAAAGAAUAUUUCUCGAUGAACAAAUUCGUUUUUCACCUAGAAACAAUAAUACCAUAUAUGCCAUUCCAUUACUUUAUCGUAUAUCAUCAUCAUCUAAAGAUAAUCAUAUAUCAAUUGAUCGAUUACAUCGAGCAUUUCAAUUUGUCAUCAUCAAACACAGUAUUUUUCGUACAGCACUUUAUCUUGAUAGUAAUGGCACUCUUAUACAACAUUGCUUCAAUGUGAAUAUCAUUCAUGAUGAAAUGAAACCCUAUGGAUUUUCAAUAAUUAAUCUUGACAAGGAUAAUGAUUGUGAAAUUGAAAAAACAAUAAGUGAUAUACUAAAUCAUUCUGAUUUAUUUGAUUUAUCAAAAGGGCGUGUCAUCCAUUGUCAUAUUCUUCGUCAUUAUCAUUUAAAUUUGUUUUCAUCACAAAAUGAUGAUCUACUGAUGAAUGAUGAUUUCAUUUUAUUUAAUAUUCAUCAUUCAGCAUUUGAUAAAAUAUCCCUAUCAAUUUUUCUUCGAGAACUUUCUCUUGCUUAUGAGACUAACAGUCCAUUAUCUAUAGAAGAUAAUGCCAUAGAAUAUAUUGAUUAUUCAGUUUUUGAACAUCAAAUGGAUAUGACAUUAUCACAUGAAUUCUGGCACUCGCAACUUGAAGGAUCCAAUCUACAAUAUCCAUUGUCAUUACCAUUUGAUCGAUCGCGUUUAUCAACUGAUCAGCGAUCUGGUUUAGCUUCUAUAGCUCAAAUAUCAUUUGAUGAUAAUAUUUCAAGUUCAUUUCUUAAGUAUGCAUCAUCACAUCACAUAACACCUUUUCAAUUAGGAUUGGCUACAUUUUAUGUAUUCUUAUUCAAAUUAACUCAUGGACAAAAUGAUUUAUGUAUUGCUUCUUUUGAUGCUAAUCGAUAUAGAAGUGAGUUAGAAACUAUCAUUGGAAUGUUUGUUGCAACAUUGCCUUAUCGCAUUCAAAUUAAUCCUCAUUGGUCGUUCGAUGAACUUGUCAAACAUGUUCAAGAAAAAUGUUUCUCAAUUCUUCAACAUUCUUAUUAUCCUUUACAACAUAUUCUUAAUGAUAUUCAUCUUAAUCAAUCAAAUGUUUCAUUUCUUGAAACAGCAUUUCAAUUUAUCACUAUUUCAUCAGAUGUGGAUCAAUUAUCUUUUGGUGAAACAAGUCUACAACAAGCAACACUAAACCAAUCACCUGUAAUGGCUACAUUUGAUUUUAUGGUAUCAUUUAUUGACAAUCCUACAUUGAAUGAUAGUAGAUUAACAUGUAGUUUUGUCUGCUCAUGUGAUUUGUUUAAUGAAACAACAGUUGCUUGUAUAGCUGAAAGAUUUCAACAUCUAUUCUUUCAACUUUUCUCUUCAAAAUCUAAUUCUAAUCAGAUUAAUCGAUCAAUGAACUCUAUUAGCAAUCUGUCGCUUAUUCUACCAAAAGAAGCUGAAGAAAUGCAGGGAACAAUCUUUUCUAGAUUACCAAAUAUUGGCAAUGAGGCACCAGCAUCAUUUGCACAAGCUCGUAUAUGGCUUGAUGAAAGAAUUAGAUUCGAUCCAGAAAAACCUCAAACUGCAAUCUAUAAUAUGCCUUUUGUUUAUCGUCUACAACCAUAUCAUACUUUAUCGAUUAAACAACUUCGUCAUGCUCUUUAUCUUACUGUUAACAAGCAUCCCUCACUUCAUACAUCACUUCAUUUCGACAACGAAAAGAAUCUACUUAUGCAAAGAGUUAUUACUCAUGAAGACAACUACACUGAUAUGUUUUCAAUCAUCGAAACUACCUAUGAAACAGAUGAACAACUCAAUCAGAUUUUACACGAUGAGAAACGUAAUUCUCAUCUGUUUGAUCUAGCUCAAGGUCUUGUUUUUCGAUGUCAUCUUGUUUAUUACAAACAAAUCUCCUCAAACCAUCUUCUUUCUCACAAAGAUCUACUUAUUUUCAACUUUCAUCAUGCUUUGUUUGAUUUUCCAUCAGUGAAAGUGUUUCAUCAUGAUCUCAAUCAAGCAUAUACAACAGGCCAAUUAUUAUAUGAUGACAACAGUAAUCUUCGUUAUCUUGACUAUGCUGUUAUUGAACAAGAAAUGUCAAUGACUGAUGCAAGUAUGUUUUGGCUUGAUGUUCUUCAUGAUUGUAAACUGGAUCAACCUUUGUCACUACCAUUUGAUCGAUAUCGUCUCUCGAAUGAACAUCGAACUGGUCGCGGAACAUCUAUUUCAUUUGAUUUUGGUCAAGAUCUUUCCCAUUAUUUUCUUCUCUAUACAUCAUCAAACAACAUAUCAAUUGAACAUCUCACAUUUGCUAUUUAUUUCAUCGUUCUAUUUAAAUUAACUAAUGGACAAACAGAUCUAUGUCUGGCUAUGAAUAUUAAUAAUAAUCGAUAUAGAGAUGAACUUCAAUCAAUCAUUGGAUUGUUUGAGAAUGUCAUUCCACUACAAUGUCAACUAAAUCGUCAUUGGUGUUUUCAUCAGUUACUCGAACAUGUUCGAGAGGUAACAACAAAUAGUAUGAAAUAUUCAUAUUUUCCACUUCAACGUAUUCUUAAUCAACAUCCACAUAUUUGUAAACAUGCAUUUCUGGAUACAUCUCUGGAAUUUGUAUCAUACAGGAAUAAUAAUACAGUGACGAUUGGUGAUUCUCAACUUGUUUCAGAAUCUUUCUCAUUCAACACUAAUGAAGAUGAUAUAUUAAGUGUAUUUGACUUCUCUCUUUCAGUUCAUCAUGAUUUGAACAUGAAUCAACUCUCAUGCACAAUCAAUGCAUCACUUGAUUUGUUCAAUAGAGAGACAGUGGAGAAGAUUUCUCAACGAUUUCAUUUCAUAUUACAUCAAUUAUCUACAUCUAUGAUUGAUAAUCAAAUAAACAAACCUAUCUAUGAAUUAUCACUAAUAUUAUCAAAUGAACAAUAUCUAAUGCAAUCAUUGAAUAAUACACAAAUAUCAUUUUCAUCUCCUUUCACUUGUGUUCAUCAUGAAUUUGUAUAUCAAGUAAUGAAACAUCCACAAAAGCUAGCUGUUGAACUAGAUGAACAAUCUUUGACAUAUUGUGAACUGCUAUAUUAUGUUCAAGUAUUAUCUUUCACUCUUCUUAAUGAAUAUCUUAUUACUCCAGGUGAGGUCGUUUGCCAGUGUGUCGAGCGAAGUUUGUCAAUGGUAAUUGGUAUCAUGGGAAUUGAAAUGGCCGGUGGUGUUUAUUGUCCACUGUCACCUCGAGAUCCAGAACAUCGUUUGUAUGCACUCACACAACAAACUCAAAGUCGCCUUGUUCUUGUUCAGCAUUCUAUAACGUUUAAGUUUUCUAGUGAAAUCGUUUCAUGUAACAUAGAUUUAAUAUGGACUGUUGGCCACAGGAACAGAUCUAUAAUUAUCGAUCGUCUUUCGGAUAUUGUAGUAACGGUAGACAAUAUUGCAUAUAUUGUUUUUACUAGUGGUUCAACAGGAACAUCGAAGGGAGUUCAGAUUCGUCAUCGAAAUUUGUUGGCUUGCAUUGAUUCUCUAGUUCGAUUGAAUUUAUUCACAAAUAAAGAUACUAUGAUGCAAAUGGCUAGCUGUUCAUAUGAUGUGCAUGCUCAAGAAAUCAUUGGAUCUUUAAUCAGUGGCUCAACGAUUGUAAUGCUUCGUCCUCAAGGAAAUAUGGAUUUAGACUACAUGACGAAGACGUUGACUGAAAAACAGGUAUCAUAUUUACAGUGCGUACCAGCAUAUGUCAAUAUUUUGUUGGAAUUUCUACAAAGUCAUAGCAUUCCAAAUUUGAAUAGUUUGCGUAAUGUUGAUAUUGGUGGAGAAACAAGCACAGUUCAACUUAUUGAUAAGUUAUAUACAUAUCUGCCACAAGAUUGUUCUGUAUGGAAUAUCUAUGGACCUGCAGAAACAACUGUCGAUUGCACCGGUUAUGUCAUUGGUAAAAAUCUAAAUAUGAUCAGCAUUCCAAUUGGACGUCCACUACCCAACUAUCGGUGUAUGAUUAUGAAUGAAUAUGUGGAACUAUCUGUUACUGGUCAAGAAGGUGAACUGUUUGUGGGAGGAGCAGGUGUCUUUGCUGGUUAUCUUGGACGUGACGAUUUGUCAGCAAAAGCUCUUGUUGAAAUAGAUGGUCAACUAUUUUAUCGAACAGGUGAUCUUGUUAGAAUGGAUAGCAAUGGUCUUCUUCAUUAUCAAGGAAGAAAAGAUCAUCAAAUAAAACUUCAUGGACAACGAAUUGAACUUGGUGAAAUCGAACGAUGUUUACUUAACAUUACAUCGAUAUCUGCUUGUGUUGUUAUGAAAUGGAAAGAUGAUUAUUUAGUUGCAUAUGUUCAAUCUUCUCAUAUCAUUGAAGAAGAACUACGUGAAUAUUGUCAAUCUUAUCUUCCACCACAUAUGAUUCCAUCUUUCUUUAUUAUUCUUGAUAAACUACCUUUGAAUCCAAAUGGAAAAGUAGACCGAAAACUUCUACCACCAUCUAAUUUUUCGUCGUCAGCUGAUAAUCGUAAUGGUAAUGUGCCGCACACCACCUUAGAAAAACAGUUACAAGAUAUAUUUAAUCAAGCUUUUCAUACCGAAUCUCCUCAUGUUGAUGUUCCUUUUGGUCAACUUGGUGGAACGUCAUUAAGUGCUAUUCUUGCACUCGCAUUAAUUCGUCAACAGGUAUGCAAUAAGGUUGACAUCGGUCUUUUAUUUACUAAUCCAUCUAUUCGACAAUUGGCUCAAGCUAUAGAACCUAUAUUAGCUUUGGAAAAACUACAAGAGACACCUCCCACAGUCAAUGAAAUUCAUCAGAUACAUGAUCGUCUUGCACCGUCAUUUGUCAUAGAAUCUUUAGGUAUUGCACUCCUUGUUUGCCAGUGGUUGUUGCCUAUCAUGAUAAUUCAUCGAUGGUAUCCACUUCUUUUUCCUAUCUUACCAAUAUGUCAUCUUCUAUUCUAUGUCAUAUGUUCUCGUCUACUUUCACCACGAACCAUCAAAGAUGACAAUAUUUUCUCUUGGAGCUAUUAUCGUUGGUGGUUUUUAGACCGACUAUGGAAUAACAAUACAUUCUGGUUGCAACAUCUGCUUGGUACAUCUUUGUACAAUUGUUAUCUUCAUCUUUGCGGUGCUCGAAUAAGUCUCAACGCGCAUAUUUAUACCACAACUAUUGAUGCUCCAUGGUUAUUAUAUAUUAGUGAGGGAACUUGGAUUGCUGAUAAAACGACUCUAAACUCUUUAUAUUUCAAUGAUAAUAAUACUUUUGCAUUACAUUCAAUUAAAAUUGGUUGCUAUUGUUCAAUCAGUGCGAGAUCAAUUCUGUUUGGUGGUGUUGAUAUGCAAGAUAAUAUUAUUGUUCAGCCUAUGUCGUCAGUCACUGGCUUCAUCGCAUCUCGAACGAUUAUCGAUGGUGACGAACAUAAAUUGAUUUCAUCAGACAUUUCAGUCACAUAUAAUAACCCAUCAUUAUCAAUAUUGCACAAGAUCUAUGAAUUUAUUGUGCUUAUCUCAUUGAUCUGUAUUCAUUGUACACUUUUACUCAUUGUCUAUAAAGUUUAUUCAGUUCAACAAAUACCACUACCUAUUAGUAUUGCUUUUUGCUGGACUUUGUGGUCAAUUAUUGCUUGUUUUAUCACUCUCUUUCUCUUAAAAUUUGUAGUCGGUUCUUGUACUGCUGGUGAGACAUAUCCAAUUGCAUCAUGGUCAUAUUUACAUAAGGUGUGGUUUCGUCAAUUAAUUGUAUCUAGUUUUCAUCAUGCAUGGUUACUACCAACUAGAUAUGAUUAUCUUUAUCCGUUUAUUCUUCGUUGGUUAGGUGCUCAAGUUGAAGAUAAUGUGAAACUCGCCUAUAUAAAUACCUUCUUGUCCUAUCCAACAAAUCUGUUGAAAAUUCAAACAGGAGUCACUGUUUUUGGUUACGUUUUAUUAGUUCCUACUGAGAUGACACCUGAGGGUGAUCAUCGUGUAGAUUGGAUAACACUCGGAUCUCAUACAAACCUUGGUAAUAUAUGUUCAAUUUUGCCAGGUAGCCAUCUCGCAUCUCAUACUAUGGUUGGCAAUUUAACACGUGUCACUCGAGAAACGAAUAGCAAUGAUGGAGAUAUUUUUAUUGGUGUUCCAGCUCGUGCUAUGCCAUUUCAAAUGCCCAUUAGAGAAGCAACGGAAGAUCAAAUUAAAACUAUUCCAUUUUGGAAGACAUGCUUUUCUCAUUAUAUUAGCAAAUUUCUUCUCACAGGCAUCUAUUGGUCAUGUGGUCUUAUUGGUGGACCAAUUCUUCACACAAUAAUUGUAUGCAGUUUCGAUCGAUGGCAUUUAUAUACAGAUAAUGAAAUAGUCGGACAAAUAAUAAGAAACCUACGAGUAGAUCAUGAAAUUUUUAUUUCUUCAUUUCUUGGUAAUACACAAUGGCUCAUUCGAUUAUUUCGAGCAUAUGGUGCAAGCAUCGGCAACAAUGUGAUCUUACCUGAUGUUUGCUCUAUUUUUGAUUACAAUUUGGUGACUAUUGGAGAUAAUGUUCGACUUCAUGUCAGUGCUCAUAUUAUGGUAGGUCACACUUUUGAACAGCGUAUUUUGAAACUAGUUCCUGUUACAGUAGGCAGCUCAUGCGUACUUAUGAGUGGGUCAAUUGUAAUGUCGGGUUGUAAACUCAUAGGUAACAAUCGACUUUAUCCUUUUACACUCGUAAUGAAAAAUGAUCUAUUGCAAUCAAACACACAAUGGAAAGGACUUCCUGCACAAUCUUACGUAGCAAAAUCAGUAUUAUCUCGAUCUGCAUCCAUUUGCAAUGAUGUCAUCAUAUGUGAACAGAAAUCUAACAACUUUGAUCGACUGUCUUUAUUGUGGUAUGAACAAAUUUCAAAUGUCUAUAAGAAUGUCAAUGAACUACAAUUUAUGAAUUGGGGUUAUGCAGAUUUGGAUGAGCAUAUUGAUGAGAAUGCUGGUUACUAUUCGAAGAAACUUUAUGAACAAGUUCUUGCUAAUGUAACACUUACAGAUCAAAAUAUACUUGAAGUGGGUUGUGGCAGAGGUGCUGGUGCUGCCUGGUGUGUUCGUGCAUAUGCUUCUCGAUCUUAUGUUGGAACAGAUCCUUCUCGAGAUAUUAUUAACCUAUGUCAACAAUGUUAUUCAACAAUUCCUCAACUCUCAUUUAUGAUAGCUGAUCCAAAAACUCAUUUGCCAUUUCAAAAUGAAUCAAUGAAUGUUGUUCUCUCAAUUGAAACAAUAAACAUUUUUGAUGAAAUAGAAGCAGUGACGCGAUUUGUCAAUGAAAUUACUCGUGUGCUUACUCCAAAUGGAUACUUUCUCUGGUGUGGAUUGUGUGAUGUAGACGGUUCAAGUGUACUGGUUGAUUAUUUAACAGCAAAUAGUGCAUUUAUUAUGAAAGAGAAGAUCAACAUUACAAGAAAUGUUCUUCAUGCACUUGAUAUUCAACAUAACUCACGUGCUGAUUUUAUUGAGCGUUAUAUUCAACCUGCAGAUCAAGAAUAUUGUCGUUUAUUGGCUGGAUUACCUGGCACUCAACUUUAUAAUAAUAUGCAACAAGGACAUGCAGAAUAUUAUCGAGUUAUAUUCCGCAAGAAGAUAAUAAAAAACACACUUCAUAUUUAA